AUGGGCCAGUCCCGGCGACGUUCAACGGAACGGUUGUCGCCAGGCCUGGUCAGAGUGGAGAUGAGGGGUAUUGGAAUUCGAUACACUGCCAUGGCGUGGAAGCUUCAGAUGUUCUGGUGGGCGGUGGCUGGAAUUUUGGAGGCAUUCGAAUCCCGUCGCGUCCAUGCUUUCUUCUAUCUCUGGUAUGGGACACCGGAAGUCGAUGGCCAGUGGCAGCACUGGAACCACGAGGUCCUCCCGCACUGGGACGCGUCAAAGAGGACGAGGUUUCCGUCAAUGAUCCGAUUCAACCCCCCCGAGGAUGUGCACUCCCCCUUUUAUCCUAUGAGGGGAUGCUACAGCAGCAGAAACAGGAGUGUCAUCACACAGCAGCUGCAGGAGCUCAAGGAGAACGGGAUCGGAGUCGUCGUCCUCAGCUGGUCAGGUCGCCCUGACCUGCCGGGCACCCACGACACGCAAGGCAUCCGCACCGAUGACUUGAUCGAGCUCGUCCUCGAUGUCGCCCAAAAUGUCGACAUGAAAGUCUCCCUGCACCUCGAGCCGUACGAGAACCGCACGGCCUUCUCAGUCCGAGAGGAUCUGGUCUACUUGGCUGAAAAGUUCUCCACACACCCCGCCAUGUUCCGCAUGCCUUCAACUGACCUGCCCUUGUACUACGUCUACGACAGCUAUCGAGUCCCCGUGAGCGAGUGGAUUCAGGUCCUGCGGCCCAACAGGCCGCAGACGAUCCGUGGCACGAGCGCGGACGGGUGCGUGGUAGGACUGUGGCUGGACAGUCACCAUGGGCACGAGCUGGUGGACUCGGGCUUCGAUGGGGCGUACACCUACUUCGCUUCCGACGGCUUCACCUUCGGAUCUUCGGUGGCCAACUGGAGGUCGAUGUCCAAGUUCUCUCUAGAGCGCAACUUCCUCUUCAUCCCGAGCGUGGGCCCGGGAUACGACGACAGCAAGAUCAGGCCAUGGAAUCGAGAGAACCAGAAGCCAAGGAGAGACGGAGCUUACUAUGACAAGAUGUGGCAGUCCGCCGUAGCGGGUCAGCCGGAGUUCGUAUCGAUCACGAGCUACAACGAAUGGGGGGAGGGCACACAGAUCGAGCCGGCAGUACCCAAGGCUGUCGACCUUGAGCAUGCGCUAGACGAGACUACUCGAGCUCAGCUGGGGUUGGAGAGCUCGUAUGAGAGCUAUGAGCCGCAUGAUCCCUUCUUCUACCUCAACCGGACUGCAUACUGGUCUGCUUUCUUCGUGGAGCAAGACUACGCUCCCUUCCAUCAUGUCAAGCAUGAAAAGCCGACGCAUCCACACUUGCAGGAGUUGUGA